AUGGAAAUUGAGCCUGUUGUAAGAAUAUCUUUUAAUGGAAAUAAUAAUCAAAACAACAACAACAACAACAACAACAACACCAAUAAUAAUAGUAACAACAAUAAUAAUAACAAUAAUAGUAGUAACAUUAAUAGCACCAAUAAACCUAGUGUAAAAAAACCAAUAAAUCAAAAAAUGAUAUCAAAUAUUAAUAAUCAAAAAUCACCAAAUCCAUUAAAUUCAAGUGUUGAUGAUAAUAAUAAUACUAAUAAUAAUAACAAUAGUAAUAGUAAUGGAACAGAUGAAGAUAUUAUAAAAUUAGCUAGAGAUUUAACCAAUACAUUUGGUAUAUUAUUAGGGGAUUCUGAUCAACCAUCGCAGUUUAGUGAUGUAAUAUUUAAAGUUGGUGAUAGGAAAUUCUUUGCAAGUAAGAUAAUGUUAGUGGCAAGAAGCGAGUACUUUAAAGCAAUGUUCACUGGAUCAAUGAAAGAAUCAUCAAUUAAAGAGAUUACCUUGGAGGGUGUUGAUCCUGAUGUGUUUUUUACCGUUUUGAAAUAUAUUUGUAUUGGAAUUUUAGAUUUAGACUAUGAUCAUAGGAUGGUGAGUUCAAUCUAUCAGUAUUGCGAUCUUUUGGGUCUUCAAAGAGGUAAAGAAUUAUCAUUGGCAACAAUGGGUAAAAUCGCACAAAUGUAUCUAGAGAAACCAGAUGUUGAAAGUGCUCUUUUUCUUUGGGAUUCUUUAAAUCAAAGUGCUAUACCAGUCGAGAGUGUUCACCCCCAUUUAAGAGCUUUCGUCCUACAAUAUGCAAGUAUUUCAUUACAUUGUGAUGCUUUCUAUAGUAUCAGUUUGACAACACUCGUUCAAAUGUUACGUAAUGAUGGUCUAAGGAUGGAAGAAUUGGAUAUAUUAGAUUGUGUUAUAGAUUGGUGUAGAGAGAAUUCACAAGCUUCCAUUCAACAACAGCAACAGCAACAGCAACAACAGCUUCAAUCUGCAAAUGGUGCAAGUGGUAAAAGUCAUGGUAAAAGAAGUAGUUCAUCACAUUUGAAAAAGCAUGAUGGUGAUGGUGGAUCCGAUGGAAGUUGUAGUAGUAGAUGCAGUUCAAGAAGAAAUUCUCUAUCAUUAAAAGAUCACCACAGACAGCACAUUGGUAAUGGUGGUGGUGGUGGUGGUCAUUACAAUAACAACGAUUGUCAUAGCGAUACAGAAGAAACCUAUAGUGAUAUUGAUGAUGAAGAACAUCGUAAUGGUGGUGGUGGUGUUGGCGAUGAUUUUGAAAAUGAUUCCGAAGAUGGUGACGAUGAUGAUGAAGAUGAUGAUGAGGAUGAUGAUUUCACCGAUGAUGAUGAUAAAGAUGAUUCAGCAAACGAUGAUUAUGAAUAUUCAACAAAUAAGGAUGACUUAGAUAUCAUUGAAGAUUGGGAUACAACAAUCGAUAAGAAUUUAUUGGAUGAAGUAUUACCACUAAUUCGUUGGGAAAAUAUGAAUAUCGGCGAAGCAUUUGAACGUUUAGAUAAUUUAAAAAUUAUACCAGAUAAAGAAAUUUCAAAUCUUCUUAGACAUAUUUUAAAAUCAAAUAGAGGUGAAAGUUUCUCAUUUUUAGGUUACCAUUAUAGAAGACCACGUAAUAAUAGAAAAAGACCCUAUCCAAUUGAAUUUUUAUUAGGUAUUACUCAACCAUUUGAUUCAAAUGUUACAAAUGAAAUUAUACCAUUAAAUUCAUUUUCAUCAGAAUUUGGUCAAUCAACUAAUCAAUUUUUAUAUAGAAUUAAAAAGGAUAUAAAAUUACCAGCAAAUUUAGAGAGAUUCUCAUUCAAGGAUAGAGAGUUUUUCGUUCAAUUAAAGGAAAGAGAAAAAGGUCAAUUGGCUGUUUAUUUGGCAUUUGGUAGUAAGUUAACAAAACCAUUAGCAAUAUCAGUUUUGGCAAGUGUAAUUGGGUUUAGAUUCCAAGAUUCAAUUGAAUUUAGUUUUAAGAAAAUGUUUGAUGAAGGAUUCGAUAGUGCUUGGGGUUGGCCAAAAUUCAUCUCUUUAGAUACUUUAUAUAAACAAGAUAAAUAUAGUCAUUAUUCUGAUAGUUUUUGUUUAUUAAUUGAAUUAACCAGUCAAUGGGGUUAA